AUGCGUCUCAUUCUAGCUCGACACGGACAGACCGACGAUAACGUCCGUGGUGUAAUUCAAGGACAUAAAGAUACUCCUCUCAAUGAUUGGGGCCGUUUUGAAUCGAAGCGUUCAGCAGAAGCCCUCAAGAAGUACCAGAUUACCGAAGCAUACACAUCACCUCUUUCUCGGGCUAGCGAAACUGCGCAGAUCGCCCUGGCGCACCGCUCUGAUAUCCCAAUAUGUUCCCACCCGGGGUUGAAAGAGAGAUGCCUGGGUACUUUGGAGGGCCGAAGGAGAAAGGAAGGAGAGACUGCCCCUGCAGAUGCGGAAUCCAAGGGCGCCGUAUCUAUCAGGAUGAGGCACUGGCUCGACAAGCUCCUCACAUCCCACACCCCACCACCCCCACCCCUCGGCGCCACAGACCAGAAGGGGCAUUUUAAAGAUGACACUGUAAUACUCGCCGUCUCGCAUGGAGGCUGGUUGGGGGUCUUCCUUCGCACAGUUAUCUCUCCGGCAUACCACUUCAGGCCGGGGAAAGGAUGUAAUCUGGAUGCGCCGCUUAUGAAUGCGAGUGUCACGGUGAUUGACUGCGAGUAUGAUCAGCUGGAAAAGAAGUGGAAGGGGGUCAUUAAUGUGUGGGCUGAUGCGAGCCAUCUGAAAGAUGUGAUGGAAAAGGAAGUCACCGAGGUUGCUGAUGAUGUUCGUUGA